UGUCGAUUUCGAGCUUGAUCCUUGUAGACUAAGACUGAAGAAAAUUUGUGGUAGUAGAGAGGCAGGCUGCACUGAACUUCGGGCGAGAUUUAUUGUAUUGCGGUGAGGCCUCCCGCGUGGCAGGUACACUGGCUGCGUAAUUUUCCCUGCCUUUGCUCCUAGGCUUGAUCCUUGUAGACCGUGGGGGCAUUAGCGUAGUUGUUAAGGGGAUUGCGGACGUCCUCCUCACGUCGGUAACUACGCGGGAAAAAUGUAGGCAGGUUCUUUACGGAACUCGCUCGCGUUACAAAAAAGGAAGCGGCGCUGUUUUGAGUUGUAUUGUAUAAGCGGGCCCCGUGAAGAUUUGCGUGGUUUUACUUCACGGGGGUGCACUGAAACAUCUGGAAAACUACUAAACUUUCGAUUUUGGAAAUGCCAGGAAUGUCAACUAUUGCAUUUCUUUACACGACAACAGGCAGCAUUAGUUCUGCUUCAGGAUCAUCUAUAUUUCACAAAAAUCUCUCCCAGGUUAUUAGCGCAAGCGCUGUGCGUGAGGCUUAACACGGUAGAUUGGUGGCACCUCUGUGACCAAGCAGCUGUCAGUGCUAUUUUUGCGUUUCUAGUUCUAAUAGAUACUCUACUGCUCAGUUAUCUUCAUUCUUUCGUAGUUCCUUUUUUUACUAAAGACAGUUCAAAAGAAAGUUCUUCAGACAGUAGCUGUCUCACAGUGUCAGUAGCCUUUUUUUUGAAAUUACUCACAGUAGAAGUCUACUUCUUAGAUGAACGACAAGCACAACGAGUUGCACCAAAAUGUCGCCUCCAACGAAGAGCAGUUCCUCUUCUUCAGUGCUGUGGAACUUUCUUCCAGGUGCCGCUCAUGCCGCAACGACGAUAGCUAUUGGCUACCCCUUUGACACGCUAAAAACACGUCUUCAGACUGGGAUGUUUAAGGCUUCGCUUCCCCUGGGAUGUUUAACUCAUGAUUCGAGGGAGAUUUUAGAGUAGACGCAUGAUCGUCCAUAUUAAUUCGCGACCCGCGAUUUUUUAAAGGGUCACUUUCAAAAGGUCUCAGGAUGAUGCUCCCGAAUAUUAUGGGAGAAAUUAGGCUAUGAGCAGCUCUAAGAUGGACAUACAUCAAUCCACGGGGGCAGCAAUAAGUAGUACGACUACAGUCGGUUGUAAUGCAGCAGCUACAGCGGCAGGCGGAACAUCGGCGAUAGCGCCAGUUGGGGGAGGCUUCUACGUUGGAAAGUACUUCCUAUUUCUUAAUUUACCUGAAAUAGGAAGUACUUUCCAACGUGGAAGCCUCCCCCACCUCUUCCUAUUUUCUGUUAUUCAGAAAGUACUUAGUUACUUCAUUUCAUUUUUCAUCCAUUUCAUUAUCUGACUAAGGCUUGACGACAAGGAGUACAGGAGAAUUAGAACACGCCGCAUAAUUGCAUUUUCUUUGUUCAAUAGUGAAGAAUUUUUGACCAUCUCCAUUAGUUCAAUUUAUGAGCCAUUGUUCAAUAGUGAAGAAUUUUUUAGAUCACUGACUGUGAAAUAUUUAUCCAUCUCAUUAUUUAAUGGAAAUAGUGAGAUUAUUUGAAUGCACCAUUAUUAUCUCCAUUUAACAUGUUGCAUAGUGAAGAAUUUUUAACCAUGUCCAAUAGUGAAGAAUUAGUAACCAUCUCUGAAUUACCUCAGAUAGUGAAGAAUCACUGACUGUGAUAUAUUUAUCCCAAAACGGACCCGAACUACAACAGCAUAGUCCGACUCCUACGGCAAUCCGUACGGCACGAAGGACUAUUGUUCCUCUACAAGGGUUGUGCAGUGCCAAUCACGAGUUUGCUUUUAAAACGUCCUAUGGAGUUUUUCGUCUACGUUAAGGCUACAAGAAGAAACUCAUCUUCACAGGCAACAUCUUGGUCCUCCCGUUUUUUUUUAAAGGGACGAAAACAGAAAACCACCCUUCUCUCUCAACUUUACCCCCCCUUUUUCUUUUCGACUCCCUUUUUCUUUUCGACUGUACACCCUUUUUCUUUUCGACUGCUGUACCCCCUUUUUCUUUUCGACUGUACCCACUUUUUCUUUUCGACUGGUGUACCCCGUUUCUCUUUUCGACUGGUGUACCCCCUUUCUCUUUUCGACUGGGUUUACUACUAAGGAGACCCAAGACAAUGUUCAUGCUGAAGAUGGUCCAUCUCUCUUCUAAUUUCGAGACGCUGAAUGACUCUCGACCGGGGUCCUAUUUUACAAACGGCGCCCUCUCGGCAGUGGGAGGUUCGCUGUUGGGCUGUCCCUUCAACAUCGUCAAAAUUCGUGUGCAGAACUCAACGAGUCUUACCGUAUUAUCUUUCAACAUAUUUUUAUUCAUGCAUACUAUCUUCAUUCAGCAACAAACUCAUGCUCCUAAAUAUUGUUGUCUAUUCCUAUUCGUAGUAGCCACUUACAUCACUCAAGUACUUCAGCAGCUGCGUCAUGAUUCACAUCAGUUUCAGGAUCAACAACAUUUGGAGCAGCCACGGAGACUAUCUGAGUACAGGUCCUCUCUACAUUUUUACCCCAUAGAAAUACUGACUUUGAAAAGUCGUAGGUAAAUCUCCUUACCUAAGUGAUAUAAUCUUCGCCUUCAUCAAAGGAGAGGAUCUAAAAAGCAAGGAUAUAGAUGUGCGAUCUAUAGAAAGUACUAAAUGGUACACCUCCGGACAACACUGGGAUCACUCUUUCGGCGUUCUCGGAAUACAGAAAAAACGCGGUGCCCUGUGGAGGCAAUAUGAUUGAUUGAUUGAUUGAUUGAUGAUGAUGAAGUACAACAAGCUAUCUUACUGUUGUGUCUUAGGCAGCUGUUACCUUCUCUUAGGUUGUGUCUUAGGCUGUUACCUGCUCUUCGGUUGUGUCUUAGGCAGAUUUACUUAAUAUAAUAUUCGGCUUCGUCAAAAAAAAUCUGAAAAAAGAGCAAGGAUAUUAUUAGGUUUAGGACACUAUUCUGCAAUGAAAGAUUGCAAGCACUCUUCAGAUUCCAGCCGCAUUGCGCGAAGUGUCUCGACAGCGACCCUUUUGUCUCGGGUUUUUUCAAGGUUUGCCUCUGCAGCUGGCUUUCUCGGUCCCUAGUGCUGGCAUCUACCUUGGGUUGUAUGGCAAACUAAGGGAAGCCUUGUUGGUAGAAAACGACGGACUAGUAAAAAGCCGCGGCGUCGCUGGUGGCCUAGCGGGUGUGUGCAGUUCGCUGCUAAUGUGGUCGCUUUUAAUGCCUAUCGAUACGCUAAGGACUCAUGUACAAGCACAAAGGGGGACGAUCGCAGGUGCGGAGGGUGCUGAAGGUGUGAGUGCAGGAGAAGGCGUGCGUGCAGCAGCCUCCACGACGUCCACUACCUCAGGAGCAGCCACUUCUACUAGUGCACCUUCUUCAUCUUCUGCCUCAUCUUCAACUACAACAUCAUCUUCUGCUUCUUCAUCUUCUGCUUCUUCUAGAUCAGAACAGAACCGAACUUCUCAGUCGAGAGGUCGAAGUUUUUGGGAGAGGUCGCGAGCCAUAGACUCAGCGCAGACGAUAUAUCGGACUCGGGGGGUGCGUGGGUUCUGGGUAGGCUUGGUCCCGAUGUAUUGUCGAGCUUUCGCGAUAACCGCGCCCGCAAUGUACGCCUACGAGGCGACAAGAGCUUGGGUAAAUGCUGUGCCAGGCUGAUCGUCCGUUAUUUGCAUUCUGUACCUAGCUUCUCUCCCUUCCCGGUGAUUGAAUAUCCUCUAAAUACACUGAGGAGUCCCGCCCUCAAUUCUCCCCAGUUUUUGCGCAUUUUUGAUCAACUUUUUGAACAUACCAAAGGGUAUGCUUACUUCAAAUCAGCAAAACAUCAACCUGCCUUCAUCUCGAUCUCGUCCCCAGCACCAUGAUGAAUACUUUCAUAUUUCGAGAACCCUCACCGCACGCAGCUUUUUCACCACAGCAAAUUAAUAAACAAACUGACCUUGAAGAAAUUUUGUCAGAAAGCAU